UCCGACGUUCCGUCCCCUACCUCCCCUCCUUCCCCGAGUUGAAAAUGGAGUUCGAUAAAAGCAGAUGUCCACCAACUUUUCCUGGAAAUUUCGUGCCUGUAUCUGUUUGAUAUUUGCCUCAGUGUUCACAUUUACAAGAGCCCAUUUCUUUUGUCUGUCUGUUUGUUUGUUUGUUUGUUUGGCUUUCGGGAUGCCUUUACUGCAGAAUACUUGGACACGUUGACGGAGCGGACGCUGCACAGCGCUUUUUUUUUUCUUCCGAGUGUCGUCCUGGAGCUGAAGUUGGGCGAAUGGAUGCUCGACGUAAAUAACCUGCCAAACGUUCAAGUCUGCGACAUUUUCUCCUCUUUUUUUUUGUUUGGGAGAGGGAGAUUUCUAAGCAUUCUGUGCAAAGCGAAGAGCCACUGCGUGUUCGUUGAAGGAGGAUGGUGCCGCUGGCUCAUUUGUUGUGGUCGGAUUUUACUUCCAGGGAGGAUAAAAUGAAUCAACGGCUGUCAUUCCCCCUCGUUGCUUUACUCUAGUCCCAGCCAGCAGAGCUAAGCUAGCUUUCACUCGGAUGUUCGCAGGGGACGCUUCAGAGGGAAAAAAAAUGGUGAUUUCUGUGGUAUUUUAUCCCGCCGUCACUGCGUCGUCGAUGCUAUUGCUAGGAUUUGGAUCCUCGUGAGGAAAAAUGAGUGAAGAUUCAACAAAUCCAAACAACGAUGACAGUUAUGCGCGCGUGAGAGCAGUGGUCAUGACUCGGGACGACUCCAGCGGUGGGUGGCUUCCCCUGGGGGGCGGAGGACUUAGCUGUGUCACCGUCUAUAAGGUCAGCCGGGCAGAAGACAGCAACAGCACCCACAGCGGAGGCAGCGGAGGAAGCGGCAGCAACCUCAGCCCGUGCAGUUCCAGCCCCAGUCCGAGUCCCAGCGCUGUGGAGUUCCACAUCAGGGGCGAACGACUCAGAGACAAACUGGUGGUUCUGGAAUGUGUUCUGCAGAGAGACCUGGUGUACAAUAAGGUCAACCCCAUCUUCCACCACUGGCGGAUCAACGACAAGAAGUUUGGACUGACGUUCCAGAGCCCCGCUGACGCCCGCGCCUUCGACAGGGGAGUACGCCGGGCCAUUGAGGACAUUAAGCAAGCGUGCAGUCCGUUUGGUGAAGGGGACACUCCUGAGGAUGGACUACCGGUGUGUGACGAGCCUCCCUCCAUCUGCACCCCAAUCAAAGAGCCCUUCUCCUCUCUGAGCAACGUCGUCUCCGGCGAUCAUUUCAGGAGCUGCUACGUCCCCCCACAGCCAUUCGAUGACAACCGCCGGUACCUGCCUCCCCAGCCGGCUCGCCGGGUCGCUUUUCGCGUGGACGAAGAGAAGGUGGAGCGCAUCAACCCGCGUACGGAGGUCCUGAUCCGCGGCUACGAGGACUACCGCCACCCGGUCAUGAGCCCGCACGACGCCGACCGCGAGGACCUGGACUUCCCCGGCCACUUUCACAAACUGGACAGCAAGAAGUGCGAGUAUUUCUUCGACGGCCCCGGCGGCGACUGCCUCUCCGGUCCCGGCAUGGGCCUCGGAUCGGGCUUCGGUCUGGGGCUGGGCAAGGACCCCGCCAUCAAGACUCAGCCCUCGCCCCUUCCUAAGCCGAAGGGCCGGCGGCGGCGCGAGGACGGCGAGCGCUCGCGCUGCAUCUACUGCCGGGAGAUGUUCAACCACGAGGACAACUGGCGGGGGCAGUGCCAGGACGCGCCCGACCCCAUCAAGCAGUGCAUCUACAAGGUCAGCUGCAUGCUGUGCGCCGAGAGCAUGCUGUACCACUGUAUGUCCGACUCGGAGGGGGACUUCUCGGACCCCUGCUCGUGCGACACGUCCGACGAGCAGUUCUGCCUGCGCUGGCUGGCCCUGCUGGCGCUCUCCUUCAUCGCGCCCUGCAUGUGCUGCUACCUGCCGCUGCGCGCCUGCCACCACUGCGGCGAGGCCUGCCACUGCUGCGGGGGCAAGCACAAGGCGGCGGGGUGAGCCGGCGGGCCCCGCUCCCUCUACCACCGACUCUUGGGACACCCUUCAAAGCUAGCUUAAAAAGGCAGCAGAUACAAGCGGAAAAUUACUAGCCGGCAUCCUUUUUUCAUUCCUCUCUCAGAAGGAGGGGGGGGGCGACGCGUUGUUGAUCCCCCCCCCACCACCACCCCCAGCUCUGAGGGCUUUUGGAGAUUUCAGUUUGUGUUUGUCGCCGACAAGCAGCAGCGGAGGACAAACCAUGAUGCUUUGUGGGAGCUCUGAGGCAACGAGUUGGGUACAGGAGCUUAAAGCCGAGGCGGGGAGGAGGAGGAGGAGGAGGAGGAGGAGGAGGAAGAGACAUCAUGAUCAACAGACUCUGAGAUGUUAACACACACACACACACAGCUCUUUCACAUUCACCCUCAAAAGUUGAGUCGGGGCCACAACGUGCGACUCGAUGAAGGAAAAAAACGUAUUUUGUACAGACAGCGACGGCUUAAACUGUUUCACGUCGAGGACAAAACACGAGUGCUCGCUGUCUGAGUGUGCUAAAAGGGACGCGCUCUCGCUUCUUGUGGAUUUGCAGUGGGGUAACAGUGGCCUUUUCCUUCACGGUUCAAGGAUUUGCAGACAAUGUAAUUACUAGCCAGCAAAAAGUGCACUAAAUAGUAUUUAUCCCCCUCAAAGUAAAGGUAACCUCCAAAAAUUCAUCCCCCCCCACCCCACCCCCCUUUUUAGUGCAACUUUCAAGUUUGCACGGCCACAAAUCAAAAAGCCGAAGCUCCAUCCUGUCGGUACGGACUUCCUUGAGCUGAGGUUAUUUAUGUCAUUUGAUUGCAUUCUGCAUUUAGGCGAUUAUUUCCACGACAAAACGGGCUGAGGUCCCUGAAACGGCUUUUCCAGGCUCCACCUCAAAGGAGGCCCGCCAGAACCCCGCCGACCCGUUUCAUUUCCCCAUUAGGAUCUACUCCAUAGACGUGUUUUACCUCUUGUAUUUACAGCUGUAGAGAAUUUGUACAUUUUUUUUUUAUUAUUAUUAUUAUUAUUAUUAUUAUUAUUCGUGUCACUUCUUAUCUUCUUGCUCACGUGUGUGAUUAUUGUUAAGUUAAAGGUUGAAAUGUUGCUCAACCAGCAAGUUUUUAACUGCGGUGUGACCGAACAAAGGAGUCGGAGCUCCUCGAUUUGAACCACGAGGCACUUAAAUUCGGGAUUGAGGAACCAUUGGAACAGGUCGGCUCAACGGAUCGGACCCCUUAAAGCGCCGCUCUCCAAGCUUUGGUUGCAGCACCGCCUCCAAAUCUCUGUCUGUCCUUUGAGUCCGUUUUUGUGUUCUGUCCUUUCCGAACGUUAGCGUUUUCCCCCCUCAGCG